AUGUUCACUGGGGUGCAGCGCAUUGGCGGCUGUCAUGCCCUCGCCCUGGCAGCAAUCAUACCAUGUGGCUUACUUGCGAAGCACGCCUGGGAUAUUUACACGCGCAUAAAGUUGGUCCAGAAGCGUCGUGUAGUCACCGCGGGUAGUCUUUCGGAGACCUUUAAACAAUCGCAUACCCUCGCGGCUCUAGUCAACCCCAGAAGACAUGUCUCAAUAGCAGAUGUGCUGGUCAUGGAUUUGGACCUGCCCGAGCACGCAGAGGACCUAAGCGACGAGGUCCUGUUGGCGACUUUCGUUCAUGGGUUCUUUGCGGGGAAAGUGUUGGCGAUCGAGAAAUAUCUGUUGCAGACAGCGCGGCUGACACUGGUAUCGUACGCUGGCCUAAAAUCGAUAUCAGCAUCGAACCAAAUAUGGAAGUCACACAAUCUGUCAUGCGAGAAACUCCCACCACUGCACUCUGUAGUGUUUGGCGCGUUCCAAGUCAGUUACGUCAAGCUCGUCAACCCCCAAGAGUCACAUGCGGGGCCAGAAACGGAGAGUAGUGUCGACUUUGUCUUUGGGAAGGACAAGAGUCAGUUCGCAGGCGCCCACCGAUUCAGUAUUGUCCGAAAGUCUGGAGAUUCAACAAGAGUCAGAGUUGUUUAUGAAUCGACGGCUUGUAACCCGACUCGGAACCAGCCUGUGUCCGACCUUCUACACCAGUUUCACAAAAUUUAUAUGAUGCUGUUGUUCCGAGAGGGCGUGUCCGAGGUUAUGCAGAGACUCGAAAGGAGCAUCGGCGACGGUUGCCAAUGA